AUGUUGGUCGGUCCCGAGCCAAAGCGCCCCAGGACCGAUGACGGCUCCAAGUGGACCAUCACUUUUACCGAGAAAGACCUCGAUCGCAUCCAGCUCCCACAUAACGACGCCCUCGUGGUCACGCUACGCAUCAAAACCUUUAACAUCCGAUGCGUCCUCGUUGAUCAGGGCAGCUCGACCGAGGUCAUGUACUACUCUUUGUUUAAAGACCUGAAGCUUUCAGACACCGAUCUCCGUCCCUCCAAAGUUCCCCUCAUUGGAUUCAACGGAGCUCCGGUAUGGCCCUUCGGCAUGAUCACUCUCCUCGUCCAUGCCGGUUCGGUGGUCCUUGAUAUGGAGUUUGUGGUGGUCAACGUUCCUAGCCCUUACAACGUAAUCGUCGGGCGCACCUGGCUCCAUAAGCUAAAGGCCAUCGCCUCCACUUAUCACCAGGUGAUCUGUUUCAUCGGUGCUAAUGGGCGCCAUGAGGACUUGUACGGAGAUCAAUCCGCGGCCAAAAUAUGUUAUGUCAACGCAGUCCGAAGUAGUAAGCAGACUUCCCAGGUCAACCUUUUGAGACCAAGACAAUCCUCCCUGAUCCACUCCGAAGCUGUGAUCGAAGAGGUCAACCGGCUCCUAAAUGCGAAGGCCAUCCGAGAAGAGCAGUACCCCAGAUGGUUGGCCAACACAGUGGUUGUCAAAAAGAAGAAGGGCAAGUGGCGGGUCUGUGUCGAUUAUUCCAAUCUCAAUGACACCUGCCUGAAGGAUUUCUUCCCCCUUCCACGAAUAGACCAGCUCAUCGACGCCACUGCCGGCCACGAUCGACUCAGUUUUAUGGACACUUAUCGAGGCUACCAUUAG